GGACUCCAUUUUUGCUUUUCUGAGAUCUUAAUUCCUCCUAAUUAUGGCUCACUACAAUCAUCCAGAAGCUACAGGUCCAGUGGCAGUGGCAUAUCCUCCACCCUCUGCUUCCUACCCUCCGCUGCCGGCACUACCACCUGGCCAAGUGAAUUCUUCUCCAUUGCCUCAAUCCUAUCCGCCACCUCCAGUCCAAGCUGGCUACCCUCAGGGUCCUUACGUUGCUUCGCCGCCGGUUGCUUACCCUGUAAAAGUUGAACUUCCACUCCCACAACAACUAACAUCACAUUCUCAUCCACCAGAAUCCAAGCGUGGGGGUGAUGGAUUCUGGCAAGGAUGCUGUGCUGCCCUUUGUUGCUGUUGUCUCCUGGACAUGUGCUUUUGAUUUUCUCAAUGAAUUUUUCUAUCACCAUCUGUAUUUUCUGUUUCCUUUCCCUUCAUUCAGACUUUGUUUUAAGUUGAUACGACAAUGUAGAUAUAUUAGACUUUGAGCCCUUUUGCAUUACGUUUACUUAAUUUCUUCAGCAAUCAAAAAUACAAUAUAUAUGAUGCCGACAA